AUGACUUUCAUAAUCAACACGAUACAUGAGCAGAGAGCUGAUGUGUUGAAUGCUCGAGAUCAAUACAAUGAAACGCCGUUGAUUAUUGCAACGAAGAUGGGAAACUUCGAAGCCUCAAAGCUUCUAGUAGAAUUGGGGGCUGAUGUCAGCAUCCGAGACGCAACAGGAAAAACGGCAGUGCAUCACGCAGUUCUUCACUGCCCACAACUACUCAAAUACAUCCUGGCAGCCCAUAAAGCCUCGUUCUUUCUGCCUGAUGACAAUAAACGCACAGGGCUUCAUACUGCCGCUCAUUUUGGCAGCGUUGAAUCAGUUUACGCCGUUUUAGGCGCUUUUGCGUCGGAACCACAAACUCUCUCUGACGCUCUGAAUGAAUGCGAUGCGAGCGGCUUUACGCCCCUUCACUACGCCGCAAAGAACGGGAAUGAGGAAAUUGCCAGGCUUUUUGUUGAGGCAAGGCAGGGGGCAGCACUUCCAAAUGACCCUCAGCCGGCUGAGACGUUGGCUGCCAGACAUGGCCAUCUGAAGACUCUGUGUAUCAUCAAGCAAGAUGAGCUGCAUCUUGGAAACCAGUUGCUCAUAGAAGCUGUUGACGCGGGCCAAUUACUCAUAGUCCAUUAUCUUCUCGAGAAGGAUAUAUCAGCCGAUCAGGAAAUCAACAAUAGGAUCCCCAUUUGUGUUGCCGCCGCACAUGGUUGGGAUGAGAUUGUAAAAGACCUUCUAAGAUUUGGUGCAAGCAUCAACUCGCUGGAUUCCAACCGACAGACGCCGCUUCAUCAUGCUUCCAAAAAUGGCUUAUACGAUGUAGUAAAGACGCUUCUAAGCUCCGAAUUUCGUGAUCGUGCCAAUGUGGACAACGUGGACUCAUUGCGACAAACGCCCCUCCACCUUGCGGCAAAAUCCGGACACGAGCGAGUGAUACAGUUACUCCUGACACACAAAGCCGACAUUGAAGCUGAGACUCGCCAAUGUCAAACGCCCCUCCAUCUUGCGGUCGAACACCCCAAAGCAGUGCAAACCUUGUUGGACCUAGGUGCUUUUUUAAACGCUCUAGAUAUUCUAGGGCAAACACCUUUGCAAAAGGCCAUCGCAGACAAACACUAUGACUCUGCCAAGAUUUUACUGAAGAAGGGAGCGAUUAUUGAUGUGACUGAUCGAGAUGGGGAAUCGCCUCUGCAAACUGCCUUGGCAAACGAUGAUGUCCCAAUGGUAGAGCUGAUUAUCGAUUCUCUUAAUCUCGACCUUGAUAGCGACGAUGCCGAUGACGAUUCAUCCGUGGCAAGCUAUUGUCUACUGGCAGUCAAAUUAUCCGCAAAGCAAGUGAUCAGAUGGCUACUUGGCCGGUUUCCAAAUAUGCUUGAUUGGAGAGAUGAAGAGGAGCGUACUUUAUUGCAUGAGGCACUCGAAUUUGACUCUCCGCAAAUAGUCGAUAUUCUGAUUGAUGAGGGGUUUGACGUGAACCAAGUCAGUUAUGGCGGAACCCCAUUACAUGUGGUAGUGGACAUUGGUCAGUUAGAGAAUAUGAAAAUUCUCAUCCAGAAGGGGGGUUCAACGUUAUUAAUCGAUAAGGCCAAUGAUGAAGGGAACACGCCUCUUCAUAUAGCAGCCGAAAAAGACCGUGCUGAAGCCAUUUCAUUUCUGCUGAGCGCAAAGGCAGACAUAAACAAGCCUGGAGAAAGAAAUGUAACGCCGUUAUUCAUGGCGGCCUAUGCUGGUAGCGUCACUGCUGUUCAAGAACUUCUUACACAUGAGGCAGAUCCCAACAUCUCACGCGAUGACGGUUGGGCACCCCUACAUGCGGCAGCUGACAAUGCUGAAAUUACUCAACUUCUUGUAAAAUCGAAUGCGAAUGUUAAUCAGCAAAAGAGUGAUCUUUGGACUCCUCUCCAUCUUGCUGCUUUUUGGACGGCGACAGAAGUUGUUGAAGUCCUUCUCCAAAAUGGCGCUGAUCCGAACAUUAAAGAUUCAGAUGGAAAAACACCACUUGACUUUGCGCAUAAUGAGAAUAUCAAGAAAUGUUUCACUAAAUAUCAAGAGAAGAUAAACUAUAGUAACUUAUAGUAAAAGAAUAUUAAAUAUCUUGGAUAUAGUAAAGAUUAAG